AUGCCCAUCUUGGCCACUAUUCAAGAUGUCUUGGCCGAGCUCAUAGGUCCAUGGACUUUCAUGGCCAUAUCCUUCUCUCAUAUUCCUGCGACAAUUCGUGGGCUUAUCCGUGACAAGAAUUAUCGCGCGCUCUUCUCCUUCGAUGGAUUCCGCGAAGCCCUAUUUGGCACAUUUUGGGCCACCGUCGGGCCAAAUGUCAAGCUCAACGGCGAGCAGCGAGUCAUUCCUCUUCUUGAAGGUCUUUACGGCACCGUCAUCGAGGUCGGCGCCGGGAGUGGCAUGUGGGCAGAUGUUCUUGCCCGUUUCCGCGAAAACACCAGCGACGCAGACAACGCAGCCGGCCUUCGCAACAGGAAAACCACGGGCGGCCACAUCACCAAGAUUUAUGGCGUAGAGCCCAACCCAAUCUCUGCCAAAGCGCUCGAGAAACGUGUCAAGGACCUUGGUAUGGAUGACAUCUAUCAAGUCGUCCCCGUCGGUAUCGAAUCUGUUGACGACCCCUCUGCAUGGAACGGAAAGAUUGAGCCGGGCAGUGUUGAUUGCAUCGUUGGCGUUCUUUGCCUGUGCAGCAUUCCCGAGCCCGAGAAGAAUAUCAAGCUCUUGUACAAGCUGCUCAAGCCGGGCGGGCACUGGUACGUUUAUGAGCAUGUCAAAGUUUGGCGCGGAGGCCCGUUGAUCAGCCUAUAUCAGCGCUUCACCAACCUCAUCUGGCCACACUUCUUGGGUGGAUGCCAGCUUUGUCGCGAUACCGAAAAGAAUCUUAGGGCCGCUGGUCCCUUCCAGGAGGUCGAUCUCGCACAGCCCGCGGAACGUUCGUCUUCGUACCAGAUCUUGCCUCACAAGAUUGGCACUCUGACGAAAUAA